CUUAUUUUUAAAAAAUAACUUCCUUGCUCUCUGUCUUUUUCUCGUGCGCUCGAUCAGUCUCCCUCCCUCCGUCGUCGGUUUCUUCUGUUCAAACGCUGAUUAAUUGACCUCCGAUGUAGAAGAAAAGGGAAAAACUAAACAAUUACGAAUAUGUCCUCGCAUGAACAAGCCGUUGCUUCCUUAAUCUCACAACUAGCUUUCUCUUUUGACGGCGCCGUUUUAGGUGCUGCCCUAGCCUACGCUGCCUUCCGUACAAUCUUCCGGUUCAAAGCGACCUCAAACGCCCUGCUCAAAAUCCGAUGCGCACCGUACAUCCGCGUCGCCGACCUCCGUUCCCUUCUCGAAGAGGACAGGUCGGAUUUCGCCGACGAACCUAUCGUCGUCAUUCGCGGCGCCGUCGAGGCUAGAUCAUCCGCCGAUGGACGGAGCUUGAAGGGUCUUAAGAAUAACGCGCUCGUCUCUCAAGAGUCCGGUGAUAAAGCUGUUAUCAUCGAAAGAACGCAAACUUAUAUUUAUCAUGAAUGGAGGGGAUUGUUUGGAUGGACUUCUGAUUUACGUGCUAUUAUUGGGAGAUCUUGGAACAAAAAAGAGUCAACUUCAAUGAGAACAGUUCCUUUCAUUUUGAUUGAUGGCGGUCAAUGGCCACUAUCUGAUUUUGUCAUUGUGAACAUGGAUGGCUCUAAGCAUCCUCUGCCUCUCACUACAGUUUAUCAUCAACUGCAUCCAAUCAAUGCUUCACCGUAUACAUUCCUUCAGGCUUUGUUUGGUCAUGAAUACCCUGUUGGUUUGCUAGAUGAAGAGAAAAUUCUUCCCUUGGGAAAGGAAAUCAGUGCUGUUGGCAUAUGCCUAUUAAAUAACGGAAUGCCUGAAAUUAAGGCAUGCAAGGACCUUCCCUUUUUUCUUACUGAGAUGACUAAAGAUCAGAUGUUGUUAGAUCUUGCCUUCAAGUCAAAAAUACUGUUCUGGAGUGGUAUUGUCCUUGGCUCACUAUCUAUCGGUAUCCUUGGUUAUGCUUUUGUGAGUAACUUGAAUAAAUGGAAAGAAAGGAGGCAAAGACGGAUUCAAGAGUCAACCAGUGCUGCCUCUGAUGACUCCACCUCUCAGAUUGAUUUGGAGGAAGAGACAGGUGAAGUUCCAGAUGGAGAGUUAUGCGUGAUUUGCUUGAUGAGGAGAAGACGGUCUGCGUUUAUUCCAUGUGGGCACCUGGUUUGUUGCCAACAUUGUGCUAUAUCAGUUGAAAGGGAAUUAGUGCCCAAGUGCCCUGUUUGCCGCAUGGCAAUCCGUAGCUCAGUGCGUAUAUAUGCAUCUUAAUAUGCUGAUUACUGUACUGAAGUUUGUAAUUACUGCACGAUUGACAUCGGCAUAUUAUGAAAAAACUUCAGGUACAGUUUCUAUACCAUUCCCUAUAGUUGAAGCCAUAACUAAAUUAUGACAUACUAGAGAUUCUUGUCCAUAAUCCUUUUGGCUGGGAAAGACAAGUAGUUUGUAUAUGCCUAGAGAAGAACUACGGGAAAAUGUGACCUUUCGAUUUUC